CUUAGCCAGGUACACGACCAUAGAUACCUGUUAUAACCAUGGACGAGGACGCCGCACAGUUUUGUGUGUAACUCAGCUGCGACUUCAAGACAGCGCAACAACUAACAGAUAAACAUGGAAAACCUUGCUGUAUUGCUGGUUCAUGAUGAGCACAAUACAUCACAAGGCGAGAUCUCCAUAAAUCCACAGCUGGGAAAAUUACUCAAGGAGAAUGCACAAGACAUCCCUGUGUUUACUGCUGUUUUACAAGCAACUGAAGAGGACAAAAAAGAUGCACAGCAAGAUGGAGUGGUAUUGUUACUGCCUCAAGUUGACCCAGGUGACACAAGAACUGACCCAUCACCUGGCUGGCUAACCUUUGACCAUCAGUCCAAAUACCCACAUCUUCCCUCAAAGAUUCGGAGCAUUGUGGGACAUGCUGGUGUCACAAGUAGGGCAACAGUAGUGAUAAAGAAAGAACGGUACCCAGAUGCAAGAGUUAUUCUCUUCUCUAGUGACAUACCAGAGGACACCGAGUACUACAAGGGAGACGAGAAGGCCAUGGGGAUUGGGAAGAAGGAAGACUCCAUCCUUCAAGAUGCACAAGAGGCUGAUGUGGUCUUUUCUCUUGGACACAAGACAUUUGACCACUUUCAGAACCAGUUCAGAGCUAUUCCCACCAGCAAGAGGCCACAGCAUUUCAAAUUUGUUCCAAGGCCUUCAAAGAUCUUUGUAGAUGCAGAGGCUGAAUUCCAGGACACAGAGACAAUGGUGGUUCUGUCCAUUGGUAGGGUGAAGGGCGCUGAAAAACUGAAGGGGUAUGACCUUGCUGUUGAAUCCCUGAGCAUUGUUGCAGACAAGAUGAAAGUCAGGUAUCGUGUCAUAGGAGUUGACGAAGAUGACUUUCAAACACGCAACGCAAUCCUUGAGCAAUGUAAGUCAGCCAACUUACAAAUAACCCUCCUCUCAUAUGGCACACAGAAGGACAUCUGUAAAGAGAUGAUGCAGGCCCACCUGGUCCUGAUGCCUUCUCGUGCUGAACCGUUUGGACUGGUCGGCCUGGAGGCCAUUGCGGCAGGUGUUCCUGUUCUUGUAUCCAGCAAAUCAGGAUUGGCAGACUUCAUCCGUGAACAUGUAGAUGAACUGCAUCAUUCCAUUGUUGACAUGGAUGGAAGUGACAAAGAUGCCACUGUAAAAUACUUGGCUCACAGCAUUGAGAAAAUGCUGAAACAGAACAGAACAGAGUUCAAAACAGCAGCAAGGGGCAAACAGCAGCUUCUAUCCUCAAAGUGCUGGGAAGAGUCCCAUCAGCAGUUCAUCCAAGCCUGUACAAGAAGAGAUACAGAUACUGGUGCAAAACAGCCUGCUACAGGCCUUGAGCAGAGUGCAGUACAUGGUGAGGAGAUAGAGGAAGGUACGAAAAGCUUCUGAAUCAGUAUCUGUCACCAACAGUUGUCAACUUGAAGGUACAUGUACCUGCAUUAUGAAGGUCACAAACUCAUCUU